UCAUUAAUUGCUGAAAACAUAAAGUUUGUGUAUUUACUCCACAUGUUCUAUCAUCAAAGCAUUAGAACAUGGCGACUGGUGAAAAAGAACCCGAAAAAACGGGAAUUAGAGACAAAAAUGAGAAGAGUGGAUAUUGCAUGUUGCCAUAGCAAUCAAGUAUAACAAGAUGAGAAAACCGUUAUGAGAAACUUGAUUUAGCCCAGAAAUCAAAUGGAAAAAAAAAAUUUGUGAAUGCAGCAAAGGGAAAGAUGUGAGGAAGUAAUAACACUAAAAGAACGGAAAGAAGCCCUCGACGUAUUUAGACUAAGAAGAGAUGCGACGAGAAUAAUUAAACUAAGAAGAUCCAGUGUCGGGAGUAUACAGCUCUCACACACAUCAUGGCAAUGCCAAUGCGGAAAUCAGUAAUUGACGCCACCCGCACCAGUUGCUGUUCACUGGUGCUGAUUCUACACUGCACCGAUGCCGAUGCAGGAACCAGCAAUCUACAACACCGGCACAAGUUGCUGUUCACUAAUGCUGAUACCACACCCACACCCGCUCACCGAGGCAUCCUAAAACUCUAUGCCGGAUCAAAGAUAAUGAGGCUACUGGAACUGGAAGUCUUAACUGUUACAAUUCUCCUGUCAAGUGCAACAGCUUACAUUCAGCACAUGUCAUUAAACAGUAAACAACUAGAUGGUACAUGGACAGUUAGAAACCAGAACAACAGUAUUAAGAUACCAGGCCGUGUACCUGGUGGAAUCUUGUCAGACCUCAGGGCAGCUGGAGUUAUUACAACUGACAUCCAUUACCGUUUCAAUGAUUUAAAUCUACGAUGGGUGUCCUAUGACAAUUGGACAUAUUCAACAACAUUCUAUGUGAAAGGCACAACAAACAAGAAUAUCAGUUUGGUGUUUCAUGGGAUAGACACUGUAUCUGAUAUAUAUUUGAAUGAAAUUCAUAUUGGCUCUACAGAAAACAUGUUUCUUCGUUACUCUUUUCCAAUCACUGAAGUUGUACAGGCUGGUAACAAUACACUGGAAGUAAAGAUCAGAUCAGCAGUGGUAGCAGCAAAUUCUAGCUGUGAAAAACAGGCAGCAAAGCAUAUUGUUCCACCUAAAUGUGUCCCUUCCUAUUACCAUGGAGAAUGUCAUGUUAAUCACUUACGUAAAAUGCAGGCAUCAUUUGCAUGGGACUGGGGUCCUGCUUUUCCUUCUGCUGCUAUUUGGAAAAGUGUGGAAGUAAUAAUAUAUUCUGAGCCUUACAUUGAGGAUGUAACAGCAAUAAUAUUUGAUGCUAGAGAUCAGUGGCUUGUUCAAGUAAAGGCAUUCAUGGGUGGAAAGUUUCAGACACUGCCUUUCCCUCUCAGGGCACAUGUUGAAUCUGUCAACAUAUCAUCUGUAGAAAUGGAAAAGGAUACACAGAUAAACAACAGUUACACAGCAUCUUUAUCCAUCCCUAAGGAUUAUGUUGAAACCUGGUGGCCAGCUGGGUACGGUCAACAACCACUGUACGAGUUAAUAGUUACAUAUGGAAACCACAAAAUACAAAGUCAAGUAACAAAGAAAAUUGGCUUCAGGAGUGUCAUGAUUAUCCAAGAACCAAUCAUCAAGGUGAACACGUCAGGGUUGACUUUUUAUUUUCUUGUAAAUGGUGUACCAGUAUUUGCAAAAGGAUCAAACUGGAUCCCAUCCAACAUUCUAUCUGAAAUGAGCUACAAUGAGACGAAGAUCAAAUACUUGCUUAACUCAGCAAAGGAAGCAAACAUGAACAUGCUACGUGUCUGGGGUGGAGGCUUAUAUGAAUCUGAUACAUUUUAUGAUGUUGCUGAUGAGCUAGGAAUAUUGAUCUGGCAAGACUUCAUGUUUGCAUGUAGCAUGUAUCCUGCAAGUGAAGAAUUUCUAACAAAUGUCAGAAAAGAGGUUGAAUAUCAAGUGAAGCGUCUGAGUCAUCAUCCAAGUAUUGCCAUAUGGUCUGCCAACAAUGAAAAUGAAGGGGCUCUUCGAGAUAAUUGGUAUGGAACCUAUUCAAAUUUCACACUGUACCAAACAGAAUAUGUCCAGUUGUAUGUGGAUACUGUACGACAAACAGCAAAAUUACUGGAUUCUGAGAGGCCAUUCAUAAUAUCCAGCCCAACAAAUGGGCUACAAUCAGAAGCUGAAGGUUACAUAGCUGAAAAUCCUGGGAGUUCUCUUUUUGGUGAUGUGCACUAUUAUAAUUACAUGCUGGAUGGAUGGGAUCCAAACAUCUACCCAGUUCCACGGUUUGCAUCUGAAUAUGGUUUCCAGUCACUCCCAUCAUUUUACACAAUAAUGUCAGUGUCUGAACCAACAGAUUGGAGUGUGGAUAGUGAUUUAAUGCAGAACCGCCAGCAUCACUUAGGAGGCUAUCAAGAGAUGGUAAUAGAGAUGAAUAAACACCUCCCAUUACCUGUUAAUUACAGCACUGAAGAAAACUUUCACACUUAUAUUUACUUUAGCCAGAUAAAUCAAGCAAUGUCAACAAAAGUACAAACAGAACAUUACAGAAGAUGGCGCAGCUCUUUAAAGGAGUCUGGGGAAGGAUACACAAUGGGAGCUCUAUACUGGCAGUUAAAUGAUGUAUGGGAAGCACCAUCUUGGUCAUCCAUUGAUUUCUUAGACCAAUGGAAAAUGUUACACUACUAUGCAAGGGAUUUUUUCUCCGAUAUCUUAGUGUCAGCAUAUGUGACAAGUUCUGGAGCAGUUUCUGUAAGUGUCACUUCAGAUAAACUGGAAGACAUUGACACUGCAUUCCUAAGUAUACAUACAUAUCAAUGGAGUAAUUUCACACCUUUGAGCACUGUUUCAACAAACUGUUCUGUGAAGGGUCAACAUUCAGACAGUGUUUUUGAACAAGAUUUGGAUACCUUCCUUGAAAAUGCUGGAUGUGCCACUUCACUUUCAAGAAAAAUGUGUUUUUUGUACCUAACAUUGUCUGAUGAAAGUGAGAACAAGAUUAGUCCAGAUAAUUUUGUCUUUCCAUCAUCAUUUAAAGAGGCUGUUGGAUUGCAAGUUCCAAAUAUUUUGGUGACUGAGGUGCACGGUCCUAUCCAACAGCAGAACAAUUUCAACUAUACCUUUGAAGUGAAAAUCUCUACUGACAGCAUAUCUCUGUUUGUGUGGUUAGAAGUCCCAAAUGUCUUUGGGCAUUUCUCAGAAAAUGGCUUUCUUAUGGUUGUUCCAGAAAAAACUGUACAAUUUUAUACUAACAGGAAUAUUAAUUCAGACUAUUUGAAGAAGACUAUUACAGUGACUUCUAUGAUGAAUCAUGCUAGCUGAAUACAAGAUUGUAUUGUAAAUCUGUUUUGUAAUUAUAUAUUUUGAUGUGAA